AUGGUCUCCGCAUCUAAAGCUAAGAGAGAAGCUAAGAGAGCUGCUGCUGGUAAGAAGCCAAAGAAGGAAAGAGCCUCCAAGAAGGAUGAUGUCACUUCCGCCGCCGAAGAGAUCGAGCAAUUGAAAUUGCAAACCGACAAAGAUGGUAUCUCUGAUCGUGUGGUCACUGGUGUCUUGGACUCUUUGGAAACCUCUAGAGAUGUCAAGUUAUCUUCUGUUUCCUUGCUUUUCCACGGUAAGGUCCUUAUCCAAGAUUCUGUUUUGGAAUUGAAUUAUGGUAGAAGAUACGGUCUUUUGGGGGCUAACGGUUGUGGUAAAUCUACUUUGUUGAGAUCCAUUGCUGCUAGAGAAUUCCCAAUUCCAGCUCACUUUGAUAUUUAUUUGUUGAACGAACCAGCUGCCCCAACUGAGUACUCUGCUUUGGUGUAUGUCGUCAGAGAAGCUGAAGCCGAAAUGAAGAGAUUGGAAGACUUGGUUGAACAAAUCAUUGUCGAUGAAGGUCCAGAAUCUCCAGUUUUGGAUGGUUUGUAUGAAAGAAUUGAAGAAAUGGAUCCAACCACUUUUGAAACUAGAGCUUCUGUUAUUUUGACUGGUUUGGGUUUCAACAAACACACUAUUAACAAGAAGACCAAGGACAUGUCUGGUGGUUGGAGAAUGCGUGUGGCUUUAGCUAAGGCCCUUUUCGUCAAGCCAACCAUGUUGUUGUUGGAUGACCCAACUGCCCAUUUGGAUUUGGAAGCUUGUGUCUGGUUGGAAGAAUACCUUAAGAGAUUUGACCGUAUUUUGGUCCUUGUUUCUCAUUCUCAAGAUUUCUUGAACGGUGUUUGUAGUAACAUGAUCGAUAUGAGAUUGAAAAAGAUUAUGCAAUAUGGUGGUAACUACGAUACCUAUGUCAAGACCAGACUCGAAUUGGAGACUAACCAAAUGAAACAAUAUCACAAACAACAAAAGGAAAUCGCUGAUAUCAAGAAGUUCAUUGCCAGUGCUGGUACUUAUGCUAACUUGGUCAGACAAGCUAAAUCUAGACAAAAGAUUUUGGAUAAGAUGGAAGCUGAUGGUUUCAUUGAAAAAGUUGUUGAAGACAAGGUCUUCUCCUUCAGAUUCGCUGACGUUGAAAAAUUGCCUCCUCCAGUGUUGUCCUUCGAUGACAUUUCUUUUGCUUACGAUGGAAGUGUUGAAAACCGUCUUUAUGAACAUUUGAGUUUUGGUGUUGAUAUGGACUCUAGAGUUGCUCUUGUUGGUCCAAAUGGUGUGGGUAAAUCCACUUUAUUGAAGAUUAUGACUGGUCACUUGCAACCACAAGGUGGUAGAGUCUCCAAGCACACACACAUCAAAUUGGGUGUCUAUUCCCAACAUUCUGCUGAUCAAUUGGACUUGACUAAGACCCCAUUAGAGUUUGUUCGUGACAAAUUUUCUUCGAUUUCCCAAGAUUUCCAAUACUGGAGACAGCAGUUGGGUAGAUACGGUUUGACCGGUGAACAACAAACCGCCCAGAUGGCCACUUUGUCCGAAGGUCAAAGAUCCAGAGUUGUCUUCGCCUUGUUGGCCCUUGAAUCUCCAAAUGUCAUCUUGUUGGAUGAACCUACUAACGGUUUGGAUAUCCCAACCAUUGAUUCUUUGGCUGAUGCCAUUAAGGCUUUCAGUGGUGGUGUUGUUGUUGUUUCCCACGAUUUCAGAUUGUUGGACAAGGUUGCCAAAGAUAUUUUCGUUGUUGAAAACAAGACUGCUACAAGAUGGGACGGCAGUAUCUUGCAAUAUAAACAAAAAUUGGCCAAGAACGUUGUGUUAUAA